ACUUUUCUGUAAUGAAUUCACAUCAGAACGUUGCAUUAUUGAAUGUUGAGGUUUUAUGUGGUUAUUAGCAGCAAUGUGCAGCAGUACUUGUAUCCUUUCUCUGGAAGAUCUCUGGCCUGCAUGAGCAGCUGUAUUAUAGGUGGGAGCGGUGCUAACGUUUAGCCCAGCGCAAUAGACUCAAGCCUGAACCUUGCACAUCUGGAUUAAAGUGGGCCAUCUUUAAAAGAUGGGUAUAGGCAUUCUAGACACCUUAACCAUUGCAUCUUGCACCUUUUAACGCUUCAAUUCAUAGAUCCUGUAAGCGUUUCUAGUGCUAGUAAAUGCGCUGUAUUGUCCUUCCUGUGCACUUGGGAGGCGGUUCUCUCACACACUUCCCCCUUAAGCACUUUGCUUACGGUUAUGAAAGGGAAAUAAUGCUUACUUCUGUUAGUGUUGUGGAAAAGAGUCUGUGGCAGUGUCGUACACGUUAAAAUAAUACCGUUAGAAAUGCGUUUUCGGGUGGAUUAAUUGGCACGGGUCAUUUUUUUCAUACGGAAGUGAUAACCCGAUCAGCUGUGUCAGUGGAUUAAUCUGGAGCUCUGACAUGGACUUGCAGUUUUUAGUGUUUCUUCUGAACGGGGAGUUAUUUCUGUGCGCGUCUUUAUCUGAGGCUGUGAGCGCUUCACUGAAGCCCAGAGAUGCCGAGGGCUUUCUUGAGAAAUAUGGCUACCUCCAUGAGCAGGAUCACACACACAGUGCAGACAAAGUCACAUCAGCUGUCAGGCAAUUUCAGUGGUUGUCCCAUCUGCCCAUCACUGGUAGACUGGACAGUACCACGUUGUUGAAGAUGGUAUCACCACGCUGUGGGGUGAAAGACAGAGGUAGCAAUGAAGCCUGGGCACGGCGAGUUAACUCUGUUUUUACAGGGCAAAGUCAACAGCACCUUCGCAAGAAACGCUAUACUCGACCAGGAGGGAAAUGGUACAAGCAGAACCUGACAUACCAGAUAGUGAACUGGCCACGCCAUCUCUCCCACGGUCCUGUGCAGCUAGCAGUGCGAACGGCUUUCCAGCUCUGGAGCAAUGUUUCAGGAUUGGUUUUCCAUGAAUUGAGUGACGGACCAACAGACAUCCGACUGGCUUUCUACGAGGGCGAGCACAAUGAUGGCACCAGCAAUGCGUUUGAUGGCCCAGGUGGUGCGCUGGCGCACGCUUUUUUCCCAUGCCGGGGUGAGGCUCACUUUGAUAAAGCUGAGCGCUGGACUCUGAGUGGUCACAAAGGUCAUAACCUUUUCCUGGUCACUGCUCAUGAAAUUGGCCACACACUGGGAUUAGAGCACUCACCAGUCCGUCACGCUCUCAUGUCACCAUACUAUAAGAAGCUUGGUCGUAGUCUACUGCUGAGCUGGGAUGACAUUACAGCUGUGCAACAAUUAUAUGGUAAACCAUCUGGAGGUGCAGUGGAGCAGAUCCCAAGCCAAGAUCUUAGCUGGGCCAUGCAAGAUUGGGAGUUAUCUGACGAGCCUAUGGAAGAUCUUACCUGGCCCCAUUAUUGCAGGAACACAUUUGAUGCAAUCACGAUGGAUGGGAACGGCACAGUGCUAGUCUUCAGAGGUGGUCUGUUCUGGACAGUGACAUCUGGGGGUAAUGUAAGUGCUCCACUUCCUCUGAAGCAGCGCUGGCCUCAGCUUCCAUUCGCCAUCGAGGCUGCUGCCUUCUCUCCACUGGAUGGCAAACUUUACUUUUUCAGUGGCAAACACAUAUGGCGAUAUUCAGGCCCUACUUUGGACCUUGGCUUCCCCAGGAAGAGCAGCGAGUGUGACAUGCCGCGACACCCAGACUGCGCCUUCUUCUAUGCUCCUCUAGGACACAUGGUGGUCUUUAAAGGCUCACGUUACUUUGUGUUAAACCUGGAGACAUUGCGCUCUGAGCCAUACUACCCUAGAGGCCUUGCUGAUUGGAAGGGAGUGCCACGGCGGGCCAACGGUGCCGUGACAAGAGCCGAUGGAAGGCUUUAUUUUUUCCGUGAACAGCAGUACUGGAGGUUUGAUCCAAGGAAACUACGAGUCACAGCAAGCGGACGAUGGACAAAGAAGCUGGCAUGGACUGGCUGCCAUAAAACUCCCUCAGAUUAUGUGCUGUGACCAGAUUCCAUACUAAAGUGAAAUAUUCUCUAACAGAAUAGAGCGGAGCUACGUGCAAGUCAACAGGCAUGUGACUUUUUAUUCUGUCUGGUGCUAAAUGGAUGCUGUCAUAUGAUGGGGCAAGAGGACAACUUACAGUAUGUAUAAUCAUGUGGUAUGAGUCUAGAACAAAUGUGUAGAACAAAAUGUGAUUUGAAUUUAAUUUUCAUGCUACUAUAAUAUGCAAAUAUGUGUAUAUGUAUGUGUAACUGUACAUAGCACAUUGUAAUUAGCAUAAGAAUAAUUUUUUUUAUAUUUUACAUGAACAGAACAAAUAACUUCUUAUACCUAUUAAAGAUACCUGACUCCACCUGACCACUCUCUCAGCCACAGGUGUGUAAAUUAAGGAUCCUUCAGAGUGAUUAUUGUUUAAUUAUAAUACAGUGAUCAGCAGAACACAACAAUGUAAUGUGCAGAAGCAGUCUAUCGCCUCCAAUUUAAUAAAAUGGAUUAAUAUGAGCUUUAUACGCCUCUCAUUUAACGGCCUAUCACAAAAUAGUGACAAGUGUUAUUCACCAUUUAGCGUCGUCAAUUUUGCCACUGAAGAUCAGCAAGAUCAGAUUAACUUCUAGAAGAUUUUAUCCUACAAAAGUAUAAAAACUAUCAGUGUUGUUGUUCUCAACUGUAAACAAUGAGUAUUAUAAAAACAGCUUUGUUAAUUAUUCUUGUAGAAUGACAUCACUGACAUCACUUCCACCAAAUGUAGUCCUGCCCAACUCUCAAAAGAGCAGAAAAAAGAAAUUCUAAAAAAUUUCACCAGAAAACAAAGAAGAUUAAUUUAUUGCAAUCCAUGGUAAAUUAACAAAGGGAAGCUACAACUAGCAGUAAGAAGCUUGGUGAGGUAAAUUGUAAAACAAUUGUAAAACUGCCCUCUGCUGGAGAUUAUGUGACGUGCAGUUUAUUUCAACUGCCUUAGAAAUGUAAAUGGCUUUUGUUUUCAAAAACCAGACUAUAGAUGGUUUGUCAGACUAAAUUCGAUUU